ACGACCUCGGCCGAGUCCACCACGGGAACCUCCUCCUCUCCCAGCGAGAGCAGCCCCACGACAUCGGCCGAGUCCACCAUGGGAACCUCCUCCUCCCCCAGCGAGAGCAGCCCCACGACCUCAGCCGAGAGCAGCCCCAGGACCUCGGCCGAGUCCUCCACGGGAACCUCCUCCUCGUCCAGUGAGAGCAGCCCCACGACCUCAGCCGAGUCCACCAUUGGCACCUCCUCAUCUCCCACCAAGAGCAUUCUCACCACAUCAGCUUAUGCCACCACGGGAACCUCCUCCUUGCCCAGUGAAAGGAGUCCCAUAACCUCGGCCGAACCCACCACGGGCACCGCCUCCUCGGAGAGCAGCCCCACGACCUUGACUGGGUCCACCACAGUUCCCUUCUCGUCGCCCAGCGAGAGCAGCUCUACGACCUCGGCCGACGACAGCAGCCCCACAACCUCGGCCGAGUCCACCACGGGAACCUGCUCCUCGCCCAGUGAGAGCAGCCCCAUGACCUCAGCCGAGUCCUCCACGGGAACCUCCUCCUUGUCCAGUGAGAGCAGCCCCACGACCUCAGCCGAGUCCACCAUUGGCACCUCCUCAUCUCCCACCAAGAGCAUUCUCACCACAUCAGCUUAUGCCACCACGGGAACCUCCUCCUCUCCCAGCAAGAGCACCGCCACGACCUCGGCCAAGUCCACCACGGGAACCUCCUCCUCGUCCAGUGAGAGCAGCUCCACCAUGGGAACCUCCUCCUCCCCCAGCGAGAGCAGCUCCACGACCUCAGCCGAGUCCACCAUGGGAACCUCCUCCUCGUCCAGUGAGAGCAGCCCCACGACCUCGGCCGAGUCCACCACGGGAACCUCCUCCUCUCCGAGCGAGAGCAGCCCCACGACCUCAUCUGAGUCCACCACGGGC